UAACUUUUGCCUGCAAUAGGUUCAGAACGACCUGCAGAUUCCUAACCUUGUUCCAGUUUCCCUCCACCAUACCUGAGAGCUUCCAAUGGAUCCGGUGAGCAUUGCGGCGGUAGGGUGGGGCAUCUCGGUUGCAGGAUGGCUCGUCUCACCAAUCAUCUCCGAGCUCCUUAAGAAAAGUUUCUCCAACCUCGGCUCUCGCUCAUUGCGUAAGCUCAGAAAACUCGAGAAAAAAGUCCUACAAUUGAAACUGAUGCUUGAAGCAGUUGAGGCCAGUCCUCGCAGAGGCAGACUGGAGCAAUGGAUGAAGGAGCUCAAAUCUUCUUUUUACGAAGUCGAAGACAUCCUUGACACCAUUGAUUAUCACAAACUUGAAAGACGUAUCAUUUAUCAAACUGAUGACAAUUCUGCUGUGUCAAUAGAUGACAAGUCUAUUUUCUCCGUUUUUCGAUGCAACACAAACCAGGAUGCUAGAAUCACGAAGGAUUUCAAUUUGCCCGUUGAGUCGAGAAAGAAGCUGAAGGCAACCUUGGAUAAGAUAGAAGAACUAAUCAAUGAAGGACACCAACUUCUUUCAGCCAGCAGUGACAAUAUCAACAAUACACCUAACAGUUUUGUGAGAUUGCCCACCAUGAGGCCUCAGACUACUUCAGCCCCUCCACCGGUUGUAUUUGGGCGAGAUGGGGAUCUUGAAAUGAUAAGAAGCAUGCUUCGUGAUACACCUGAUGAUGAACCAAGCUCAAGUAAAACUAAAUGUUAUUCCGUAAUUGGUAUCCAUGGGAUUCCAGGGUCAGGGAAGACAACCCUUGCACAGUAUGUUUGUGCGAAUGAAAGGGAAGAUAGCUACUUCAACCUUGUCAUGUGGAUUCGUGUUUCUCAGAAUUUCAGUGUGGACACUGUUUUCACUGAGAUGAUAGAGAUAGCAUCAGGUUGCAAAACGGAUCAGCUCAGUAAUCUUGACAUGCUACAAAUGAAACUGGAGGCAGAACUGACGGGCAAAAAGUUUUUGUUGGUACUGGAUGAUGUAUGGUACGACAAAGAUGUCAGUGAACAGCAACUGGAUCUACUGCUUUCUCCACUGAAGGCUGGGAACAGGGGAAGUAAAGUCCUGGUGACCACACGAUUUGCAGAUGCAGGAAGAGCUCUUGGGGCUCAAAAUCUGGUUCCAAUUCGUGAAAUGGAUGAGGAACAAUAUGUCUCAAUGUUCAUGCAUUAUGCACUUGAUGCUGCAGCAAUCAGUGACCAGGCACUAUUGAGAGAGCAUGAGUGUAUUGGGAGAAAAAUUGCUGAAAAGCUAGGAGGGUCACCACUUGCAGCAAGAACAGUGGCAGGACAGCUGCGGAGAAGACUGGAUAUUGAUUUUUGGAGAAGGUCCCUGAACCGUGACUUGUUGAAUCAUACUAUGGGAGCUCUAUGGUGGAGCUACCAGCAACUUGAGGAGCAUGUCAGGCAAUGUUUCACAUAUUGUAGUAUGUUCCCCAGAAGAUACGAGUUGAAUCGAGACGAGCUAGUUCACCUGUGGAUAGCUCAAGGGUUUGUAGAGACUACCAAUGGAACGGAGGAUAUGGAAGAUGUCGGACAUGACUACUUUCAUGUGUUACUAUCACGCUCAUUCAUAUCAAUCGGAAACAAUACUACUAGCAGCGGGAACUUCACAAUUCAUGACCUGUUGCACGACUUAGCGGGAAGAGUUGCAGGAAGUGACUGUUUCAGAAUUGAGAAAGGUAUGGUGUGUCAAAUUCCUCGAGAUGUUCGUCAUCUUUUUAUUGAAUCCUAUGACAGAGAAGUGUUUACAGACCAGAUUUUGAAGCUGGAGACUUUGCGCACUCUAUUUAUGUCUUACAGUUAUAGAUCCAACGGAAUGGCUGCAGAAGAUUUGGAGGACCUGCUCAAGGCUCUAAAGAAGCUGCGGGUGGCGCAUGUCAAUUUCAGACAUAAGGAAAAGGUUCUACUCCCAGCACGUAUUGGUGAAAUGAAACAUCUUCGCUGUAUUUUCGUUUCUGGGUACUGGAUCAGAGUGAUUUUGCCACCUGCAUUUGGUAAGCUGUACCAUCUGCAGAAGUUUGAUGCCCUAAAUUGUUGUUUUGGUUAUUCCACCGAUAAGGAAAUGAGCAACCUUGUCAAUUUGAGGUACAUACACACAAUGAAUAAGCUGGAGUUUCCUAACAUAGGGAGGUUGACGUUGCUCCGAACCCUUGAUUCCUUCACAGUCAGGAAGGAAGCGGGCUAUGAGAUACAGCAGUUGGAGCACCUGAACAACCUUCGUGGCCAUCUAAUCAUAUAUGGACUUGAAGCUGUCCAGAGCGAGGAGGAAGCUCGUCAGGCCAAGCUAGCUGAUAAGGUACACAUCUCAGAUCUGGAACUGGAAUGGUGCUUCAGUCAUCAGAGCUCCAAUUUGCUGGUGGAAAACAAGGAAGAAGGGAGGACUUGUGAUCAGAGUGGAGAUCCUCCAGAUAAGAUCCUUGAGGCCCUCUGUCCACCAUUCCUAGUCACAUCACUAUGUAUCAGGAACUACAGUGGAUCGACAUACCCAAGUUGGUUGUCGGGAGAACAGCGCACCCUAGAGAACCUACAACAUCUCCACUUCUCAUAUUGCAACGGAUCGGAUGCUCCCCCCAAGUUAGAACUCUGCGUGUAUUUGCGUACGCUUAGUGUUUUAAACUGCAGCUGGAACUCUUUGCCUGAUAAUAUGGAGAAUCUAACAUCUCUCGAGGAAUUGAAUAUCAUGAGCUGCAAAAAUAUCCUGUCACUACCAAGAUUACCUAUGUCCCUCGAGAGACUUUCACUUGACGGUUGGAAUGGAUCGGAUGCUCCCCCCAGGGUUGGUGAAUUCUUGGUUAAUUUGCACAGGCUUCAGAUUUCAUCCUGCAGUUGGAACUCUUUGCCUAAGAACAUGGAGCAGCUAACUUCGCUCGAGGAAUUGGCUAUCGACAGUUGCGAAAAUAUCUUGUCAUUACCAAGAUUACCCCGCUCCAUCAAGAAAUUUCAACUUGUGGGGUGCAACAGCUCUCUCUCGGAAAGCUGUCGGACAGGUGGACAUCCAAAUUGGGAGAAGAUUGCGCAUAUCCCAGAGGAUUUCAAAUUCAUUGGUUAACUUGCCUCUGCAACCACAUAUACAGCUGUCUGCAUGUUCGGAAGAUGCAAGGAGCCGAAGGACUGAAGGAGUAUCAUGGAGGCACGCAACCAUUCAGGCCUGCGUCCCUCGACCACUGCUCCAUCCAGCUUCUCUGGAGUUGAUCUCGCACGCUUGGUUUCGUGCUCUUUAUCCGUAACAAUGAUGUGAAGACAUGUCUAUUUCAUAUGCGACCAUGUGCAUGUGGCUUGGCUUUAAGGUUUUGUAUGCCAAAUGCAUCCCUGUUACCUGAACAGAGAAUUUACUAUGCAUUUGUAGUUUAUGGCCUGCAGCAGCAGUGGAGCAGCUAGCAUCUAUGCUCUGCUUCUGCAAUGUGUAAUUGUGAUUUAUUUCUGUAAUCAAAACAUUUUGUGUACGAGUUAACCUGUUUUUUAGAAAAUAGAUUACUCGGCUUUAAUUGAAAGUCAA